AUGAAAGAGAACAGCAGUGAAUUAUGUUUUGGAGGAGGAGAAUAUGCAAAAAAGUUGAGAUUUAUAAAGAAUCAAAAAUAUCUGAAUGAUAUAAAAUACUUUAAAAAAGGGUAUAUAUAUGUACGCAAUAGUAAUCAUGAUUAUAUAAUUAAAUGUAAAGAAUAUAAAACGGGGUUUCAAAAUAUGAAGAAUCAUUCUGAUAAUAAUAGAAAAUUUAAUAAUGACAAUUACAAAACUAAAAAUCCACAAAUCAAAUUUCGAACGCAAGGAAAUAGCGACCUAAUUAAUUCCCAUACAUUUAAUAAAAUACUCCAAGAUUCAUCUGCAAAAAAUACAGAUGAUCGAGAUGUACAGUCACAAUCUGCAAUUGAUUCUAUAUCAGCAGAUUCCAAAGGUUUUGAAUCUCCACGAGAAAUUACAACUGAUUCUGCAGUUAUAGCAAAUAAUUCAGUCUCCUUAAUAUCUCAUAAUAUUGAUAUUAUUUCAUCACCUGAUAAAGAAACUCUUCCAGAUUUACCUUCUUCAAAAGAACCCCUUACAGCUUCAGGUACAAUUAAUACUCUUUAA